AUGGAGACCGCUCCCUCCACUUUUGUGUCCCUUCUCCUCGUCCUCUUCAUCCUCUCCUCACCCGCCGCCGUGCCCGCCGCCAUGGCCCGGCCAGUCGUGGACGUGCUCACCCCCGACGUCCUCCUCGUCUCACCCCCCGCCACGCCCUCGGCCUUGGCCCCCGGCCCCGACGUGCACGCCUCCGACUACGACGUGUACAUAGUCUUUGUCAGCCGUACUGGUUACAUUGACUCCGUGGACUACGACGUCCGGCUGCUCGCCUCCGUCAUCGGAAGCACGCAGGAGGCAAAGAAGGCCAUGAUCUACCACUAUAGCGGUCUCGGGUUCGCGGCGAGGCUCACAUGUAAUCAAGCGGACCAGUUAGCAAGGAAGGAGGGCAUUGCAACCUUCAAGGACAAGACGUACUAUGUGGACAACGGCGGUCGCUUGCCUCGAUUCUUUGAAGAGAAUGUCUGA